CUUUUUUCAAACUUCAUCUAGAGUUUAGACUUUAGACUAUGAUAUGAAAUAUUGAAGAUAGAAUGUCAAAUGACAAUGUCACAUGAUUCAAGAGUCUUUUAGUCUUUAUGAUUAUGACAUUAUGUAGUAGGUAUUUUGUAAAGUUAAUUACAAUGUCGUUGUCUUGUUCUAAAUGCAAUAAAGUGUUUGGUUAUCAUUGGAAUCUUAAAACUCAUGAAAAUAAAUGUAGUAUAAAUGUUCAAAAUGAAAAUAAUAACUUAAUCAAAUGCCCAGACAGUAAAUGUGAAUAUUCAUUUACCAGCUAUGCGAUAUUAAGAAAACAUGUGGAAGAUUUUCAUUCAGUUGUUUUAAAUAAAGAACAACAUUGUUUCAAAACCUUGAAUGAAUUUAUGGAAUGGAAACAAAAAAUUGAAAAAGAAUGUGUUUGUUCCUAUGUUUCAAAAGCAACAGCUCGUUUAAAAAAAGGAAAGCGAACUUAUUAUUAUUGCCAUCGAAGCGGUUACUUUAAAACUAAAUCACAAGGUAUAAGGCGUAUCAAAAGCCAAGGCAGUAACAAGAUAGAUUCUACAUGCACAUCGUCAAUGGUUGUAAAAGAAGAUACAAAUGGAAUAAGUGUUAACUAUUGUAGUACUCAUUUUGGACAUGGAUCUAACUUAGGCCGAUGUCGAUUAACUGCUGAUGAACGUGCAAUGAUAGCAGGUAGUGAUGUAAAUUUGUGUAUUGUUUUGAAUUUAUUUAUUUUGAAAAUUGUUUGUAAAUAUACCAAAAUAAAUAUUAUAAUUUAUAGAACAUAUAAAUGGCGACAAUGCAAAAGGGCAUAAGCGACAUUUUCAAAAUUGUUCAGGAGAGCCAAAAAACAAAUUUUAAACAAUAAUUGCAAUUUUUAGAUUAUUUUUUUAAUUUACAAAAAUAUGAUAAAAAUAUAAAACUUUAGUUGUAUUCUAUUCAAGACAAUCAUGCUUCCAUGUUUUUAGUUAAACAUUUAUAUCAUUUAGAAUUGGGUCUUUUUAUGUUAUUUGGUGCUUAUGCCCUAUUAUUUUAAUUACCUGUAAUUUUAGUACUAGUAUUUUGGCGCUUAUGCCCCAUUAAUUUCCUUUCCUGUAAUUUUAUUUCUUGGGCAUAAUAUUAUUAUUAUUAUUUGUAUAAAUGCUGUGAUUUUUAACUAUAUUAAUU